GGGCCCAGUGGAGGGUGUGGGGAGACGGGGACCUGUCAGUGUGAGGGACGGGCUCGCGCUUCGCCCGGGUUCUGAGCCGGGGGCCUCCGCCGACCUUGCACGCAGGCAACGGACCGUCGGAGCUGCGGGCGCUCCGGGGGCGGCCCCGUUUGUAGCGGCACCUGAGAUGCAGGGUCCGGUGCACUAAGCAGUAGCGGCGGCACCAGCCACAGAGGCAGCCCUGGGACCCUGUGUAGAAGCUCCAUUCCCUAGUCUUUGUGUGCGCCUGCGUCCCCAGCCUCUGAGAUUAUCUUGGAAGAUCUAGGACUCGGAGAUGUUUCCCUUGAAGGAUGUUGAAAUGGGUGCCUUUACCUUCUUUGCCUCUGCUCUACCACAUGAUGUUUGUGGAAGCAACGGGCUUCCUCUCACACCAAAUUCCAUCAAAAUUUUAGGGCGCUUUCAAAUCCUUAAGACCAUCACCCAUCCAAGACUGUGCCAAUAUGUGGAUAUUUCUAGGGGAAAACAUGAGAGACUGGUGGUAGUGGCUGAACACUGUGAACAGAGCCUAGAAGACUUACUCCGAGAAAGGAAACCUGUGAGCUAUUCAAAGGUUUUGUGCAUAGCAUAUGAGGUACUCCAGGGCUUGCAGUAUAUGAACAAACAUGGUAUAGUACAUCGGGCGCUGUCUCCUCAUAAUAUCCUUUUGGACCGAAAGGGACAUGUUAAAUUGGCUAAAUUUGGACUUUAUCACAUGACAGCUCAUGGUGAUGAUGUUGAUUUUCCAAUUGGGUACCCAUCAUACUUGGCACCUGAGGUAAUUGCACAAGGAAUUUCCAAAACCACUGAUCAUGUGCCAAGUGAAAAACCAUUGCCUUCUGGCCCCAAAUCAGAUGUAUGGUCUCUAGGAAUCAUUUUAUUUGAGCUUUGUGUGGGAAGAAAAUUAUUUCAGAGCUUGGAUGUUUCUGAAAGACUAAAAUUUUUGCUUACAUUGGACUGCGUUGAUGACACUAUAGUAGUUCUGGCUGAAGAACAUGGUUGCCUGGACAUUAUAAAGGAGCUUCCUGAAAAUGUGAUAGAUCUUUUGAAGAAAUGUCUCACCUUCCACCCUUCCAAGAGGCCAACCCCAGAUGAGUUAAUGCAGGACAAGGUGUUCAGUGAAGUGUCAUCUUUAUACACCCCAUUUACAAAACCUGUCAGUUUGUUUUCAUCUUCUCUGAGAUGUGCUGAUUUAACUCUGCCUGAGGAUAUCAGUCAGCUGUGUAAAGAUAUAAACAGUGAUUACCUGGCAGAAAGAUCAAUUGAGGAAGUGUAUUACCUUUGGUGUUUAGCUGGAGGUGACUUGGAGAAAGAGCUUGUCAACAAGGAAAUCAUUCGAUCCAAACCACCUAUCUGCACACUCCCCAAUUUUCUCUUUGAAGAUGGUGAAAGCUUUGGACAAGGUCGUGAUAGAAGCUCACUCUUGGAUGAUACUACUGUGACAUUGUCAUUAUGCCAGCUAAGAAAUAGAUUAAAAGAUGUUGGUGGAGAAGCAUUUUACCCACUACUUGAAGAUGACCAGUCUAAUUUACCUCAUUCAAACAGCAGUAAUGAGUUAUCUGCUGCUGCCACGCUGCCUUUAAUCAUCCGAGAGAGGGACACAGAGUACCAGCUUAACAGAAUCAUUCUCUUUGACAGGCUGCUAAAGGCUUAUCCAUAUAAAAAAAAUCAAAUCUGGAAAGAAGCAAGAGUUGACAUUCCUCCACUUAUGAGAGGUUUAACCUGGGCUGCUCUUCUGGGAGUUGAGGGGGCUAUUCAUGCCAAGUAUGAUGCAAUUGAUAAAGAUACUCCAAUUCCUACAGAUAGACAAAUUGAAGUGGAUAUUCCUCGUUGUCAUCAGUAUGAUGAGCUGUUAUCAUCACCAGAAGGUCAUGCAAAAUUUAGGCGUGUAUUAAAAGCCUGGGUAGUAUCCCAUCCUGAUCUUGUGUAUUGGCAAGGUCUUGACUCACUUUGUGCUCCAUUCCUAUAUUUAAAUUUCAAUAAUGAAGCCUUGGCGUAUGCGUGUAUGUCUGCUUUUAUUCCCAAAUACCUGUAUAACUUCUUCUUGAAAGACAACUCACAUGUAAUACAAGAGUAUUUGACUGUGUUCUCUCAGAUGAUUGCAUUCCAUGAUCCUGAGCUGAGUAAUCAUCUCAAUGAGAUUGGAUUUAUUCCAGAUCUCUAUGCCAUCCCUUGGUUUCUUACCAUGUUUACUCAUGUAUUUCCACUGCACAAAAUUUUUCACCUCUGGGAUACCUUGCUACUUGGAAAUUCCUCUUUCCCGUUCUGUAUCGGAGUAGCAAUUCUUCAGCAGCUGCGGGACCGGCUUUUGGCCAAUGGCUUUAAUGAGUGCAUUCUUCUCUUCUCUGAUUUACCAGAAAUUGACAUUGAACGUUGUGUUCGAGAAUCAAUCAACCUGUUUUGUUGGACUCCUAAAAGUGCUACUUACAGACAGCAUGCUCAGCUUCCAAAGCCAACUUCUGAUAAUAGUGGAGUCAGAAGUUCAACAUCUUAUUUCUCGGAGUGUCCAGAUACUCCAAAAACAGAUCUGUCAAGAGAAUCCAUCCCAUUAAAUGACCUAAAGUCAGAAGUUUCUCCCCGGAUUUCAGCAGAGGACCUGAUUGACUUGUGUGAGCUCACAGUGACAGGCCACUUCAAAACACCCACCAAGAAGACCAAGUCCAGUAAACCGAAGCUCCUGGUGGUUGACAUCCGGAAUAGCGAAGAUUUUAUUCGGGGUCACAUUUCAGGCAGCAUCAACAUUCCAUUCAGCACUGCAUUCACCGCGGAAGGGGAACUUACCCAGGGCCCUCACACCGCUGUGCUCCAAAGCUUCAAAGGAAAGGUCAUUGUCAUCGUGGGGAAUUCUGCAAAGUACACAGCAGAGUUUGCAGCACAUCUUGUGAAGAUGAAAUAUCCAAGGAUCUGUAUUCUAGAUGGUGGCAUUAAUAAGAUCAAGCCAACAGGCCUCCUCACCGUCCCCUCUCCUCAAAUAUGAAGAACCAAGAGGAUGACUGUCAAAGGGACGGAGGGGCAUCAGCUCCCAGCAGCACAGCUCCUCACAGCCUCGCCGCUCUAAGACAGAAGUCGGCUUCCGGAGUGUUCCAUUUCCAUAGUGUUGUCAUGGACUUUUUUUUUUAAAUCUCAUGACCCAGAUGUUCAACUACCCAGCAACAAACUUGACUAUACAUGUGUUGUUGAAAGAAUUUUCUUAACAGUGAAAUCUGAUCAUGUAUUUUUAGCACAUUGCGACAAUAAGCCAGAGGAAUUCAGCUGACAAGGCAGAUUGGGCAUUAUCAAGAAAUCUUACUUGCACUGAAAAAGCUGUCUCCCUUUGCACUGAACAGACAGCCCUAACAAAGGCAUUUGGAAAUAUAGAUUGAAUGUGAGCUGAAAUCAUCGUUCCAUGGUAAUGAAAAGUGAAAGGCUAUUCAUAAUGCAUUCCUUAUAAAUAAAUGCUGCAUUUGGUAACUCGUUUUUGGCCCAGAC